CACGUACAGUUUGUCUGUCUACUCUUUUCUCUACAAUAAUUUCUUUUAGCUAUCUCGAUGUUUACAUGAACAUAUGUCGACAGUUCCUAGUAAUUUUUUUCCCAUUUAACGCAACACAUUUUUUAAAUUCUCAAAAUUAAAAUAUUGUUUGACCUUUGAUACGAAUUCCUAAGCCUUAUAUCCUGCCUAAACACGAAAUAUAAACAUGGUGAUAACCUGACCGUAAAGGGUUUGUUUUGCUGGUUGCUUUGUCUGUUUGACACGUCUAGCGGAGUCUAAUACUUAUAGAGAGCCGGUUAAGUUGUUAAUUACGAACUGGACUCCAGUUGCUGGACAAUGGACAUCAACAAAACAUUAAACACUUUGCACUGCUGUUAAAAUAAAAAACUGUCUAGAACAAACCUCAAGUGAUUAUUACAUUAUUACCAUACAGCUCACAAGUUUACCUCAGUAGUGACGCACAAAUGUCCUCCUCCCCGAAAAUGGUCCGAAAAUCCUCCGCUAUGAGUGUUUCUCAUAUUUACGGAGUUAACAACCAAGGGUAUGGGAUAACGAACGUGGAUGCGGCCUUGCCCAUCAAGACCUACAAAAGGCACCAAGUUGUAGACUUCAUAGAGUUAGGACAAGUGGCGUGCCCGGUGAAGGACACAACCGUUAAGGAGAUCACUACUGCAAAGAACGACAGAAGAUUGAUGAGAGGACGAGGGGACUCUGCCUUCUCUCGAACGAGUUUCCAUGAGGAGGGAGAUACGGAUAGUUACUAUUUAUCCAACGGUGGAUUGAUUGCAGGUGGAAGGAACGGGAAGAAUGGAGUGUCACGUGAAGUCAAGGUAGUCAGCUAUCCUAGAGCAAAGCCGAUUGUUGCUAACUGGAACUUGGGCCCAGUUGAAGCUCAUAAGUUCCAUUGUGAUUUCGACGAGUCCACCCUGCUCAACAGGAAACAGUUCACACCUUCAGAAGAUUAUGAACUGAAUGAGUACGAAAGGAAUAAGGCAGCGAGAUUGUUACUGGCUGAAAAAAGGGACAAGGAAGAGGCAGAAGAGAGGGAGAGAAAAAGAGCGGAGCGUCUUGAGCGAGAGAGACUGGAGUCAGAGAAGUUAGCUUUAGAGCUGGCAGAAUGGGAACGACUGGAACGAGAGCGCUUGGAGGCACGUAGGCUCGCUAAGCUUGAAAAAGAGAGGCUACGAGAGGAAAACCAGAGGAAGCAGAAGAAAGAAAUGGAAGAAGAAAAUGCCAGAAGACUGGCUGAACGAGAGGCGAAAGAGAAAAAACGAGAGGAGGAAGAGCGAGCAGAGAGGUUAAGAUUACAAAAGGAGAGGGAGGAACGAGAGAGACUUGCUAAGGAGAAGAGAGAGAAGGAAGAGGCGGAACUUAGAGAGAGGGCGGCCCAGAGAGAGGCUGAGAGACUAGCCAGGUUACAGGCAAAGAAAGAAAAGGAGGAGCAAGAGGAGAGGGAGAGGAAAGCAGCAAUUGAGACUGAACGAUUGGAGAGGCAGAGAAAACGAGAAGAAAGGGAGAGAUUAGAGAGGGAGGAGAGGGAGAGGGAAGCAUUUGAGAAGGCAGAGAAGGAGCGACUAAAGAGAGAGAAGGAAGAAGCAGAGCGUAAAGCAAAAGAAGAAGCGGAGAGGUUAGCUAUAGAAGAGGCAGAAAGGUUGAGAUUGUGGGAGUUGGACAGAGUAGCCAGAGAAGAAAGGGAGAGGUUAGCUAAAAUAGAAGCUGACAGACUUGCAGCUGAGAAAGCUGAGGCUGAUCGUCUCGCGGCGAUACAAGCAGAGAAGGACAGAAUUGAAGCAGAGAGACUGGCUAAAAUAGAAGCCGAAAGAAUUGCCAAGGAGAACGCAGAAAGAGAGGCGAGAGAAAAGGCUGAGAGAGAAGCCAGGGAGGAGAAGGAGAGAGCUGAGCGGGAGGAAAAAGAAAGAUUAGAAAGAGAAGCUCGGGAAGAAGCAGAACGCAUUGCUAAAGAAGAAGCUGACCGUAUAGCAGCGGAGAAGGCGAAGGAGGAAGCGUUUCUAAGGAAGAGAGCAGAAAGAGAGAGGAAGAUGCAGGAACGUCUUGAUAAAGCUAAAAAAGAUAAAGAAGAAGAGGAACUAAGGAAGGAGAUGAAUGUCGGUAAGGUCAAGUGGGGUUUGGGAGAGGAAGAUAAAGAAUAUGGCACGGCAGGAAAGUUAGCAAUCCCCGAAUUCGGAGACGCGGAGCGUGAGGCACAGCUGAGAAAUGUGGGAAAAUUAAAGCUACCCGCCGGCUUAGAGGGCGGAAAGAAGCCGGCACGCAGGCAGUCUCAGGUGGGCAAACUGAAAAUUGCAGCCUUCGCCACCAAGGCUGGCGACGGUAACCUAAAACCAGCCCCGAUUAGAAGACGAUCAAGUGCUGUGGAUCCAAAACUGAAGCCUCCCGGCCAAUAGUUCCCAGGACAGAACAGAGGUUGGAAUGAGGUUGAGUGAGAUGCCGCCAGUCCCUAGAUUUAAUAGAGACUACCGCACCCCUUCUCCUUCCAUCCAGUCUUCUUCUCCUCUCUACAAAGCGUUCGUCCAGGCGUUCGGGCCCCAGGAGUACGGGCAAGGUAGGACCGCAGCUGAACGUUACGGGCUUGUUGCCAACGCGACCAGCGCUGCAGACAAGGUUUUCUUCGCUGCGCAGGUGGACAAAAAGGCAGAAAAAUAUGCACGUGCUAUUCCAGUUAACUAUGAAAAAGUAAAGAGUCCAAAAACUUCACCCCUGAUGGAGAAACGUGUGAUAAACAGUAUUACGCACAAGUAUAAGUACUACGACUAUGAGCUUCCUAAACGGAUAUACACUGACAAGAGCCUCAUGUACGCAUAAACUGAAAAGUCGUUACUUUACUCCUGACAAUAGCUGCUGAGAUACUGAUAUUCUUAUAUACAUAUUAUAUUACCAUAUAUAGUGAUACCCUAAUGAUAUUACCGUAUAUGGCAAUGUUACCUUGACAAUAUUACCGUAUAUGGCAGGAAAACUCUACCAUUUAUGAGUAUCACGUGAUAUUUAAAAAGGGUAGAACUAGAUUAACCAGCACUAGUAGGUAGUGUUUUAUAAACUAUAACUUAGAUAAUAUUUUGAUUCCAAAACAUUAAAUCACUUAUUUCUUGUUUUUUUCUAGAUAUUCGAUAUAUGAUGACCUUAUUAGUUAUUAUGAAGGCGGUAUGAAGGCGGUGUUGUGUGAAUUUGUGCAUGACUUUGAUUAUGUUUAAGCGUCAAUUUUCUUAUAGGAUUUUUGUUUUAAAUAUCGAGAGAAGGUUACCUUUUUGCUUGAACUGCAUGGUUUGAUUAUGAUUCUUUCAGAAAGAAUGCAUUUUAUUUUUGUUGAUAAGUGAAA